AUGUUCGCAUUAAGGACAUUGAACUGCCAGGCCUUUAAGGUCCCCAGGCUGACACAUUUCCGCUAUGUUUCUACACUAGAAAGCAACCCUCAUAUCUAUGCUUUUCCCAGUGAUGGCCCAUCAGGAUCUCACAUCCUAUCACUGCUGCCAACUGAGCCUGUUAACUCAGACCUAGCAAUUGGAGUCACAUCGAAGCUACCACCUACAACAGAUUCACUGAGGGAGAACCCAAAGUUUCUGGGCAUUCUUCAAGAGGUCUUCUCCAAGCAUGCUCACGAGGAUCCUGAUGCGCAGUCCCAGGCACAAGUCAUGGUCUCAACUGCUGGUGCAAACUUGUACACUGGUGGUGUGCUUACUUCAACCAAUAACAGAAGAAGUAAACGACGCACCGACAUAGGUGAUUCCAGUGGUGGAGCUAGUGGACAAGGUGGUGCUGGAUCCGCUGGUCGAGGUGGCUGGAUUCAUAUUUCAGAUGCCAGGCGACCUCCUGAUUAUGGCCGAAUUGCAUGGCCAGAGGACAUCUUUGGUAGCCUCGAGGUAGAUGCAAAUGGCCAGUUCGUUGAUGGUCAUGGAAACUAUCAAUCUAGCGGCACCUAUCGAACUGUGACUCGUGAUGGGAUUCUCGGUUUGAGUCCUUUUCUCAGAGAGAAGCUUGUUCAGAGGCUGAAGGAACUCGAAAAGGAAUGA